CGUUGCAGCCGCUCGGCGCAGGGGGAGUCGGACAGCAGCAUCCUCCCGGGCUCCGCUUUCGCGCGGUGGCGGCGGCGGGGGCUUCCUCUGGCCCAUUACCUCCUUGGCCAGAAGCGGCUGGUACCGGGGGCGGGGCGGGCAAGGGAGCGCUGCGGCCCCGGGCUCCUUUGCUGAGAGCCGUGUGUGCAGGAUCCUUGCGGGCCAGUCGCAGGCUGCGGAGCGGCAAGGGCUGCCGGCAAUGCCCGCCCGGGCAUCCUCCGGGUGAUGGAAGCAGCAGCUGCUGCCACCGCCGCUGCAGGAUCGCGCUGCGCCCCAUCCACCGCCGCCAGAGAGAUGGGAACAUUCGGGGCUCAGAGGCCGAGAGCGAGAGAGGCGGAGCCGCUGUGCCGGGAGCUGGGUCCCGUAUAAGCCCCCUCCCCGCCCCCCGCAGCCGGCUUCGCCCCCCGGAGCGAGGAAGGAAGCUGCGGUCCCGAGAGGGCGGAGGAGACGCCGCUGGAGCCGGGCGCACUGGGCUCAGCGGAGCGCGGGGCAGGGCUCCGGCCCCGGUGAAAGUUUCCCUUCCCGAGCCGCAGGGCGCUCGCUGCCCGGAAACUCUGCCCAGGGCUUGGGCUGCCGAGUCCCGCAGCCCCCUCGGAGGCGCGGGGACCCCCAGCGAAAGACGGGGCGCGAGAACUCAAGGAAAGAGUGACAGCAGGACAGACCGCUGGGCCGUGAUCCGGGGCGCGCCCGCGGCUCCAGGUCCUCCUCGGAGCUGCUGCCAUGGGAGAGCCAGCCCUGGGCGCCGGGGACCAGCCGCCGCUGCUGCCGCGCCCGCCUCGGAGCCGCGGCCCCAGUCCCCGUGCCCGAAGCCGGCCCGCUGCGUCCCCCUCCCGGGCUGCAGGGCCGCCUCCGCCGCGCCGCCGGCCCAGGCUGUGCCUGUGAUGAGCCGCAGCCCGCCGCGAGCCCUGCCCCCGGGCGCGCCCGCCCGGUUGCUCCCGGCCGCCCCUGCCGCCGCGCCGCGCGCUCUGCUCUCGCCGUGGCCCCGGCGCCUGGGCCGCCGCUGGCCCGCGUCCCCGCUCGGAAUGAAGGUGUUCCGCAGGAAGGCGCUGGUGCUGUGCGCAGGCUACGCACUGCUGCUGGUGCUCACCAUGCUCAACCUCCUGGACUACAAGUGGCACAAGGAGCCGCUGCAGCAGUGCAGCCCCGACGGGCCGCUGGGUGCCGCGGCGGGGGCAGCAGGGGGCAGCUGGGGGCGCCCGGGGCCUCCUCCCGCCGCGCCGCCCCGCGCACACACCCGCCUGGACCCCCGGGCCCCGUACCGCCCUCCCGCCGCUGCCGUCGGGGCGGCUCCGGCAGCCGCGGCGGGGGCGGCGGGGGCCGCGGCCCCUCCCGGCAAUGGCACUCGGGGCACCGGGGGCGGCGGGGACAAGCGGCAGUUGGUGUACGUGUUCACCACGUGGCGCUCGGGCUCGUCCUUCUUCGGCGAGCUCUUCAACCAGAAUCCCGAGGUGUUCUUCCUCUACGAGCCAGUGUGGCACGUGUGGCAAAAACUGUACCCAGGGGACGCCGUUUCCCUGCAAGGGGCGGCGCGGGACAUGCUGAGCGCUCUCUAUCGCUGCGACCUCUCGGUCUUCCAGCUGUACAGCCCCGCCGGCAGCGGGGGGCGCAACCUCACCACGCUGGGCAUUUUUGGCGCGGCCACCAACAAGGUGGUGUGCUCGUCGCCGCUCUGCCCCGCCUACCGCAAGGAGGUCGUGGGGCUGGUGGACGACCGCGUGUGCAAGAAGUGCCCGCCGCAGCGCCUGGCGCGCUUCGAGGAGGAGUGCCGCAAGUACCGCACGCUGGUCAUCAAGGGCGUGCGUGUCUUCGACGUGGCCGUGUUGGCGCCGCUGCUGCGUGACCCGGCCCUGGACCUCAAGGUCAUCCACCUGGUGCGCGAUCCCCGGGCUGUGGCCAGCUCGCGCAUCCGCUCGCGCCACGGCCUCAUCCGUGAGAGCCUGCAGGUGGUGCGCAGCCGGGACCCGCGAGCCCACCGCAUGCCCUUCCUGGAGGCCGCUGGCCACAAGCUGGGCGCCAAGAAGGAGAGCGUGGGCGGCCCGGCGGACUACCACGCGCUUGGCGCCAUGGAGGUCAUCUGCAACAGCAUGGCCAAGACGCUGCAGACGGCCCUGCAGCCCCCUGACUGGCUACAAGGCCACUACCUGGUGGUGCGGUACGAGGACCUGGUGGGAGACCCCGUCAAGACCCUACGGAGGGUGUACGACUUUGUGGGGCUGCUGGUGAGCCCCGAAAUGGAGCAGUUUGCCCUCAACAUGACCAGUGGCUCGGGCUCGUCCUCCAAGCCUUUCGUGGUGUCUGCACGCAACGCCACGCAGGCCGCCAACGCCUGGCGGACCGCCCUCACCUUCCAGCAGAUCAAACAGGUGGAGGAGUUCUGCUACCAGCCCAUGGCCGUGCUGGGCUACGAGCGGGUCAACAGCCCCGAGGAGGUCAAAGACCUCAGCAAGACCCUGCUCCGGAAGCCCCGGCUCUGAGAGGGGUUCCCGGGGGCCCUGACUCUGUGGAGACGCCCACAGGAGGAUUGUGGUGUAUUCAAACGAGAACAGCCCAGACCCAAACUGAGGAAGCCCACAUAUUCUGUUAUAGCUGUAUAAUAUAAAUAACCACACAGGCACUUGCUGUCAAUGUUUUGAGUCAUUGAAUUUCAAGGAACAGCCACAAUACUACACAAACAUCUCAGAAAAGACAAGACUGGAAAGUUCUGACCAGCUGCCCCUCCUCUCCUCUCCCCUGCCUGUCUUCCUUUCCUUUUCUCCCAUUUCUUACCCUCUCCCCUACCUGCCUUCUAUCUUGAAGUGGGAUGUUGAUUAAAUCAAGAUCCAGUAAUCCAAAUCUUGUUUACAAAAUUUUCGUGGUAUCUGUGAACCUGUGAAAGAGUCAUCUGGAUGUGGGGGGUGGGGUGGAGAAAGGGGAAGUAGUCCAGGAGCAAAGAGCCCCACUGGGCGUGAUAAACCAAGGAGGCAUUCUUCUCAAGUAGACUUUUGUGAAAAAGGAAAGAUUAUAUGUGAGUAUUAAUAAAGAAGAUAAUAAAUAAUAUUCUUUUUUAUAUUUGCCUCCAUUACUUUGGAUUUACCCGUGUUACUUGUCCUGUGUAGCUUCAGACAGCCUCUGCUUCCCCUCCCCCCAGCCGGUCUUUCCUUCUGUUUCCCAGAGAACAGCUAACGUGGGUGGGGGCAGCUUCUGACUCUUUGAUAAGAACCUGGAGUUGUUUUCUCAUAUGUAAAUCACAGUCUGUCAGGUGCCCAGGAAUGGGAACAAAUCUUCACAUUCUAAAGGCAAAAACCAAGCAGGGUGGUGGAGGAAAAAGCACACACUACUUUCCUGUUCCCUUUGGCACAGAAAGGAAGAAGCAACCCUUGAGGAUUUGAAGGCAUUUGGUUUUAAUUACUAUUAAGACUGGGGAACCUUGCAGCAGAGACCAAUGUUUUGGUCCUGAGGUUAGUUCAGAAAAAGGAUUUUUUUAAAGAAAAGUAUGUAAUUAAACUUCUGAUGACUAGAACACAAACCUCAAAAAUUAGUGUGAACAUAUUGUUGUCAAUGGGGGCAACUUCUUUGGUUAGAAAAGUGACAGAAGUGUAUGUGUCUGCAAUGUUUUUUGCUGUUGACAAGUACACGGAGGCCUAUGACAAGGGGAGUUUCGUCUGAGAACUGUAAGGGCACUCAUGGGCUUUUCCUCUUCUUCCUUGCUUCCCAUCCAAAUUAGUGCAAAAGAGAAUGUGAGCUUACAAUGGUUUACUCGGGAUGCCCAUGGGGUCUGUUGCUUUUCUUUAUCAUGUUUCCUAAAAAUAAAAUUGCAAAGAAGCUGUAACGUGUUGCAGACUGUAUAAGGCUUCAGCCAAGAGCUCCUUUUAGAUAUGAAAAUGAAUUAUGGGGAAGAGGAAAUGAAAAUGAAUUAUGAGUUAGUGUGUUGGACUGGAGAUUUUUUGGUAUUUUCCAGGGAGAAAACCAUUGCAAUUUUCCUACAGUGGUAAUGGUGUUGCUGCUGUCCUGAGCCAUUUGUGCUGAAGCCUUCUACAGAAUGUCAUGUGAUGAUAACAUGUUAUGAAGCUUAAAUAGGAACAAGAGACGGUGCAGUUAAAUAUUAUAGUAACUAUGAUACAAGUUCAAUGUCAUCAUUACUUUAUUUUACUAUAAUUUAUUGUGAGAUCUCUACUGGCCAACCUGUAUAGGUUAAAUGCUGAGGAUUUUAUUUUAAGGAAAAUACAAUGAAAAGUAAUAUGUACAUGGGAAGUAUUUUAACACAAGAUGAUUCUUAAGUAUAAUUUUCAUCACAAUGUGAAAUCUAACUACACUGUUAAGAAUUCCAAGAUAAAGCAGCACAGAGGUUAAAAAAAAAAAAGAUGUGUUGAGUAAUGGAUUUUAGAACACGUUCUAGAAUGGUUAUUUCUUAAUUUACUAAAAUGGUUUAAAGCAUUGUGUUUAUUAAGCCAGGUUGUAGCUAUAACACAUCGAAAACCAUGUUUUCUGUAUUUUCAUGGUAGCGCCUAUGCUGAAUUAUCUUCAGCAGCAGGAAGAUAUUUGUAAGAGCUUUAAUAUUUACUUUAACAUUAAAUGAACAAAAUAAGUAUUAAUGUUGGAUGAUUACAGAUGAAAACAGGUUUAACAGGAAAUUAAGACAGCGUCAUUAAAAAGCAACCACUCUGAAUAAGAUAACCACUUAAAAACAAAUUUCAUGUGGCAGUAGAACCAGCUCUUAUAACUUAAUCACAGUAAAAUUUGUGCUUAGUUUUUGAGUGAAGGAUUUUGAAGCAGUUGAAUUCACUCUUCUCUCAGUAUAUCUCAGGACUUUCGUUGCGUUAAAGUGGAAUUACAAUGUUUUUGGAUCGUGUAUUUAAAAAAAUAUUCGAUGCUGCGUCGAGCCUUUGCAGCUUGCAGAGCAUUCAUGGCCUCUGCUCAGAUGAAAUUUUAAGCUAAACACCAACAGUUCUCUCCUUACUGUGUUUGGAUGGAGUUUCCGCCUGUAAUUCCAUUGUUUUGUAGCAGCUGCAUUCUCUCCACGCUGCCACUCCUGGGCUCUGCAAUUUGAAAAGGUGAAUUGUUGCUCCUGGAGAUUUGUAGCUAGCUGCAUUCUAGGAAAGCGAGACAGGUGUGCUUCCCACCAACCACCCAGAUAGUCAUGUCACUGACACUCGGCUUCUACAGGUUUGAGAAGGAGAGAAGAAUUUUUUUUUUUUUUGGCACUAAUAAGCUUCUGUCAGCCGUUGGUGCAAGCAGACCUGUGCCACAACAAAUUGCAGCAGAGCCUGUGACCGUUUCUGAGGCAGCAAAUGUGAAAGAGAGCCUUUCACAUUUCCCAAGUUGGCAGUACAUCCGUCAUCAGGAGGAAAUAUUCUUCAGAGCAGGUUAUCAGAGGGAUUUUUAUUUUCAAAUUCUGCUAAACUGUUAGCACGCCUGACUUACCCCUUUGACUUUGGAAUGCCUUUGUUAAUUAGAAAGCUCUGUUUAUAAAAACGAAGUCAGCCCAGUGCAUUUAGUUAACAAAUAUGAGUUUGGAACAGGGCAGUGGUGCAGGCUGGGGGCUUGAGUUUCAGGGAGCUCUGAGGCCCUCAAAGGCCUCAUUCAGACUGACCCAUGGGGACCUGGCAGGCGGGGACUGGGGCAAAUCCUGUACCUUCAGUGUCCGCCACCAUCAGUAUUAUUUUAUUGUUUACUUUCCCAAUUGUGUUAGCAAGCUAAAGGCAGGGAUCAGAACAUACCUGCAGAACGGUUGCUGCCUAGUGCCUAAGGGAGGGCCUUCAAGUCAUUCAUUAUUGCAGAAACCAUGGGAUGCUUUUAUAUUGUUUUAAGGGCUGUGAAUGCACAGUUUGAAGGACUGUGAGGUGGAUUUCACCAGGGCACAGGACAGUUACUUUCAGGAAGUUUGUGCUGUUGUGGUGCUGAAUGAGGCAAUGGCUGCCUGCGCCCAUGCAUCUGCAUGCCCGGCCCAGAUAGUGCUGUCCAGGAUUUCUGUUGCACACAGCAUACUUGUGGCUGGAUUAUGCUCUCGGUUUGAAAUUAAUGUGAAUCUGAGUGAGACCAUUAAAUUGUUAUUCCCCGGGUCUGAGCAAUGAAAUAAAGAACAUGUU